UUGACUGGGAUAAAAGGCCUCAGAGAAGGCUUCAACCCAGAGCUCCGCGCGCGGCCCUGCGCCCCGGCACCGCCCCCAGGAUGAAGAACCCGAUGCUGGAGGCGCUGUCCCAAUUGCUGGAGAAGCUGCUUCUCAUCUCCAACUUGAAGCUCUUCAGUUCGGGCACCCCGGCCGAAGACAAGGCGAGGAAUAAUUUCUAUGAGAUCAGCUCUUUCCUCCGCGGCGACGUGCUGGAAGUGCCCCGGACCCACCUGACCCACUACGGCAUCUACCUGGGCGACAACCGUGUUGCCCACAUGAUGCCCGACAUCCUGUUGGCCCUGACCAACGAUAAGGGGCUCACGCAGAAGGUGGUCUCCAAUAAGCGUCUCAUCCUGGGCGUCAUUGGCAGAGUAGCCAGCAUCCGCGUGGACACAGUGGAGGACUUCGCCUACGGAGCCGACAUCCUGGUCAAUCACCUGGACAAGUCCCUCAAGAAGAAGGCGCUGCUCAACGAAGAGGUGGCGCAGAGGGCCGAGAAGCUGCUGGGCAUGACUCCCUACAGCCUACUUUGGAACAACUGUGAGCACUUCGUAACCUACUGCAGAUUUGGCACCCCGAUCAGCCCCCAGGCGGACAAGUUCUGUGAGAAUGUGAAGAUAAUUAUCCGUGAUCAGAGAAGUGUUCUUGCUUCGGCGGUCUUGGGAUUGGCAUCUAUAUUCUGUCUGGGCUUGGCAUCGUAUACUACCCUUCCUGCAAUUUUUAUCCCAUUCUUCUUAUGGAUGGCUGGCUAACUUCAUAUCCCCGUGUCAGUGUGUGUAUUCUGUGUGUAAAUAUGUUUAUAUUUAUAGAGCACAAGUCAGUAUAUGCAUCGUCCAGAAAAAUGUGACCUGUAACACUGUGUUCUGGAUAAAAAUGUGACUAAGAAUCAUGCAAAGUGCUUACUGUGUAAGCCCAAGAACAAAGGCUUUCUCAAUCUUCUCAGGCAGUUCCAUUUUAAAGCCCUGUGCAGAUCUUGGAAACAUGGCAACUUGUGAUAGAAUUCACCCUUCCAAGGGAACCAGCCAGUAAGAUGAUGACCACAGGAGAUUAUUUUUUCUCCUGUAAUCAUGGUUCUCCAUUAGGCCUGAAUUUGAAGAUUAGAAGACUUAUUGAAUGAGCCCACUAACUUCAUUGUAAAUUUAUUCUGUUUCAUUGAAAACCUUACAUUAAACUAAAAGAAUUUCCCUUGUUCAGAUGAAAACAUGUUUGAUGAUGGUUAAAAAAACAAAAAACAAAAAAAAAAAACAUAAUCCUUUUUUUUCCAUGCAUUAUAUAUAAUUCCCAAUAAGUCAAAAGUAUUUUCAUUACUUGAAACCGUGUUGGUAAAGUUGGAGUUUAAUGAUAAAGUAACUUACUAGAACUAUAGAAACCUAUGUUUUCCUGCAGAAAUAAGCUAGUAUAGCAUCAGUUGAACAAUUUGAUUUGGAUUUACUUACCCAGAAGCUUGGCAUUUGUUAUUUUUUUUCCUUUUAUAUGUCACUGUGGUGACAUUAAACCACUCUGAGAGGUAAAAGGAUAUAGGAUUGAAGUAAUUUGGAUACUUAGAGAGUGUCCGUGCCAAUUAAAUAUGCAAAUGUCCACACAUACACAGAUUGAUGAGAGACAAACGUUCUUGAUUGCUUUAUAAUACAGUGUGGUUACCAGAGAGCAUUUGUAGAAGUGAUGUAAAAACAAGUUUAGUCUGUUUCCUUAUGACCUUGCAUCCACAGUAUAACUUUCAUAUAUGUCAUUGGAUGGUUUACCUUUUAAAGCACUUACUAAUGUACUGUAUAAUUUUUAAAAGUCCUCAGAUUUGUCUUCUAACAGAUUUAUUCAUUUCAUUGCAAAGUAUAGUUUCCAUCCUUAAAAGAAGGAUGCCACAAGGAAAUUACUGUUAGAAGUAAUUUCUGAGUGUCUUAGUGCCUCCAGGUGUGUAAAUCAAUUACACUGAGGCUGUCUUUAAUAUCACGGUUGAGAUGUAGCACUGCUAAAGCCAGCAUUCAAAUACUUUGUAGAAUUACCAAAUUAUAAAAACUAGGCCACAAGCUAGACUUGCAUUUCAAGUAUUAAAAUUGCUUUAUAAGCUAUCAAGAAUCACAAGAUAAUGAGUCACAUAAUGAGUGAUAUGGGGAAGUUGAGUCGGUUACUCAGUGAUCUAAUCAGAACAAAUUUAAGAGCAGAUUUUAGUGUAACUGUUGUUUUACUACCACUAAUUUACAACAAAUUCAGUUGGAGUUUAAUAAUAAUUAAACUUUGGGGCACCUGGGUGGCUCAGUGGGUUAAGCUUCUGCCUCCGGGUCAGGUCAUGAUCUCAGGGUCCUUGGAUUGAGUUCCGCAUCGGGCUCUCUGCUCGGUGGGGAGCCUGCUUCCCCCUCUCUCUCUGUCUGCCUCUCUGCCUACUUGUGAUUUCUCUCUCUGUCAAAUAAAUUUAAAAAAUAAAUAAAUAAAUAAACUUUGUGUUUAAUCACUUAAAAUGUCUUAAAUAGUCAAAACACGAAAUAGCAACACCACAGAAUAAAGGUUAUCUGGGCCUAUUCCAACCACUUAAAUUUAUCUUAAGUAUGUGUACAUGAAAGCAACCACUAUGAGAACUCCAUUGUAUUAGUGGUUUUUCCCUUACUGUAUAUUAUCUUUGUAGCAACUGUUUAAAUAAAUUGAUUUUUUAAACAUA